UUUUGUGUGUUUAGUUUGUUUUUCCCUCGAGCACCUCGGAUUAGUACGGUUGGCUGUGUACGGUGCGAAAGAAGUUCAACAUAUAGUAGCAUACGUAGUGUUGCUGUACUUCUCUACAGUACUAUACUAAUUGCACAACCAGACUGCAGCGGUGAAGUGUUUUUUUUUUCCAUCGCCACCGCUGAAUAUGGAAGUGAAAUGCACACCGCAGCAGCAGCAAGCUUGAGAAGGAGGAGGAAGUUGGAGGUUUUUUAAAGAGCUGCUGGCAACGUCACAACUUCUCACUUCUCAGAAAGGGGCCUCCCCAUGCUCAACAAUUUGGGUUUUCACGAAAAUGCGCAUCACAUGCUGCGGCUAAGCUUAUUUGAGAAGAUGGCUGAGUCGAGGCUGGUGAGCGAGCUGCCCUCACCGGCCUUCCUGGUGAACCUGCCCACGGCACAGAGGAACGCGGACCGCAUGUUGGAGCGCUUCCGGCAGCUGAGGGUGACCCUGCGCCCCCAUAUGAAAACCCACAAGACUUUGGAGGGUGGAGUGAUCAUGACCGGAGGCACACGACGCUGCAUUGUUGUUUCUACUUUGGCGGAAGCACGGUUUUUUGCGGAUGGCGGCUUCGAUGAUAUCCUGUACGCCUUCCCUGUGAGCGCAGACAAAGUGGAGCAGUGUGCCAUCCUGACUGAGAGACUGGAGGCCUUCAGUGUACUGGUGUCUGAGUUUGAGACCUUGCCCAGACUUGCCGCUCGCACACUCGCAAAAGGCAAGGUCUGGCAUAUCUGGCUCAAAGUCGACUGUAACAACGGAAGGGCUGGGGUGUUUGUGGACCAGCCUGAAGCCUUCGAUUUGGCGCUGAAGAUUGGUCGCAGUGCGGGCAUGAAGCUGGAUGGCAUUUACGCCCACUGUGGGAACACGUACCAUUGCCACAGCGUGGCAGAGAUCCAGGCAGUGGCUGAAAACACGACUGAGAAAAUCCUUGCUUUUUGCUCCCGACUGGCUGAAGUUGGGGUGACCACUCGCUCCAGCAUUGGCUCCACACCUUCCUGCAGCCUGCCAGUCCCCCGAAUGGGCGCCCUCUCUGAGGUGCACCCAGGCAACUACUUCUUCUACGAUGUGCAGCAGUUGCACCUUGGCUCAUGCCGCGCGGAGGACAUCGCGGUGCGCGUGCUUACGCGGGUUGUCACUCACAUCCGCCACAGGGGGCGGCUCUUGGUGGACUGCGGGUGGACGGCCAUCAGUCUCCACGGACACGGCCGGCUGCCGUCCGGCUAUGCCGUGAUCCAGGACCAUCCCGAGAUCCGACUAGUGGAGAUGAGCCAAGAGCAUGGCCUCAUUGAAGCCUCGGAAGGUCAAGAGAUGGACUUUGAGAAAUUUCCACUUGGGACAGCGUUGUUCCUCAUUCCUUACCAUUCCUGUGCCGCGGCUGCUAUGCACUCCGUGUACCACGUACAUGAUGGAGACACCGUGCUGGAGACGUGGACCCCAUGCAGGGGAUGGUAGAGCAAUGCAUUGGGACUGGUCGGAUUUAAUGAUCAUCAUCAAUCAGGCAUUAUCAAUACACUGCUAUAUUAAGGCCUCUGAAAGCUAUCUCCAUCCCUCAGUCCUGUCUUGCAACAAUCCAUCUAGCAUCUGCAAAUCAUCUAAUGUAAUCACUCCAUCAUUCUUUGAUUUUCUCCUUUGCGAUUUCGUCGUUAGCCUCGACCGCCAGCAAUAAUCACUUCGAGCGACGUAUCCUGCUCAAGCUCAUCUUUUUAUAGCAGCCAAUAAGAUGUCUUUAACUGGCGUAUGUUCACUGAUCCACGAGUUCCUAUUUCUGUCUGUAAGUGAAAUGUCAUCCAUUCUUCUCAUCUGUGUGUCAUAGAAGGCAAUGCACACGGACUAAAACGAAAGUUCUUAUUUUGGAAAAUGUACGUUUUGAUGUUGCUUAUUCCUGUGGAAAGGAAGAUGAGAGUGGAAAUGUAGCUAAUAACAAAUAUAGUAGCCUGAAUUGGAAUUCAUAUACCUUAUCAUUAGCCUAUACAUUUCAAUGGUUUCCUGCCAAAUAUUCAGGUGGGUACCUACCAUCAUAGGAAUAUUAUCCUUAGCCGCUAAACCACUUACCACCGCUGCAGUCCUUCUAAGCUACUGAAUGCACAUUUAUAAGUGCUACUUAAAUUGCAAGGUCAUGGUCGUAUGAGAAUUAUGUCAGUAUGUACAGAUAUGUCUAUACUGCCCUUAACCUUGAAAACAUCUUUAAGCCUUUUUUUUGUUGUUGAAAGAAUGUCACCAGAUCGAGCACAUGCCUCGAGUUAGUAAUUGGGCUGUAGUUGUGCACGCUUUUGAGCCAGUGUUUUAACAGCUUUGGCACUCGAGGGUCGCGCGUGCUGUGUAGAGCACAAACCGUACUGGUAUAAAAACAAAGACGUGAGAGCCACCGCUAACAAGCUGCCUACAUGGUCUGAACAGCCGUGUGGUUUAAUAGAUUUCCUGCUGCAACUUUUUUUUCAAUUAAAAGUCUAGGCCGCCACAAAUGCUUUACUUGAGUAUUAAAAAUAUUUUUUAACAAGCUACUAUAUUCAAUUAAUGUGUUUCUAGGACUAAAUAAUGCCUGUAGGAAUGCAUGGUAGUAUACUGAACACUGCAAUUAUUCGUAGCUUGUAUAAUUUUAAAAUAAAUUUGCA